UGUGUGUUAAUGUUUAGCUUUGGUUAACGCCCUCAUCAGCCCUCAGUUAUUAGGCAAGUUCGUGACAGGUCACAGGCAGUUCUCUCCUGGCUGGACCAUCGGCGAGAAUGAAGUCCCGCUGCAGCGCUAUUCUGAUUUCAUGUUGAACCAUUGUUUUAGGUGAAGGUUUGCAGCCAGUGAGUUCAUGCUGCGCAAUGGCAGACUUUCCUGAUAAAGUGAACACCCAGACCAGUUCGGGGACUCGCAGCAACGCGCAUGGAAGCAGGUUGUAUCCAAUCGGAAUCGACACAUAUUUCCUCAAAUCCUUCUUGGGGAUAUUGAUGACAGUGGAGUUAGUCUUUGGCAUGUUGGUGUGGGCGCUGAUUGCUGGUUCAAGAAUUUGGAAAGGCGAUGAAGCAUUUGGAUGGGUGAUGUUUGUGGCCAUCCUCCUGUGGAUUCUCACCAUUAUUUUGUUUCUUUUCUACUUGCUGAACCUGACUUCAAAACUUCCAAUGGUGCCGUGGCGCCACGUGCGGCUCUAUUUUAAUUUAGGUGCCACAAUUCUCUAUUUAACUGCAUUCAUCACCAAUGCGUCAUCAGUUGACCCAACAUCCAUUCAGGGGACCUACAGAUACAAUAACAGAGCAGCUAGUGCGAUCAGCUCCACUCCAGUGGGAAAAUUAUUGGACAUUAGGUGCAGUACUGUGAAUGAGAAAGAUCAAGAAAAGUGUGCAUGUCAUUGUGAAGCGGAUGCAAGAUGGAGACAAAUAUCUGCAGAAAGCCAAAUAUGAGAGAGAUGCUACACGGUUCCUUUCAGCUGACUGAGUCAAAGAUAUUUGAGGUUAACAAGGCAAGGUUUUGUGGUUGACACUGCUCUUUGCAUUUCUCUUGGAACUAGCACACCAUUGUGCCCCUCGAUGGACAAAUUCAACCCUGCCAUACCAGGAGCCACUUUUUCAUCACUUGCAGUAGGUGCUUGCAGUAGGUGGCAACUUACCCAGCAGCAGAUAGCACGGAGGUCCUUCUAAGUUCCCGCAAUCCAAUUGUUUUCUUUGUUGAAGGUGAUCACAAUUAUAGCAUCUGAGUCCCCCGUCACAUCCUCUUUCCAGACUUGAAGGAUGACGCUGUGAAUUUGCGAAUAGGUUUCAAUCCACCAAGUUUAGAACUUCAGCAGGGAUACCAGCUGCUCCUGAGUUCUUCAACAGGCAUGUGGCUUUUUCUUGCCGGUAAGGGUUGUGGCAAGGCUGGACGCGAGUUUUUUGUGGAAUGAAGUCCCAUCAAUACAGACUCAUCGUUGAGAAGUUCCCUUGAAGUGUUCCCUCCAGCAGGUGCUUUUCCUAUCAUUAUUGACUAUCAGUAGCGUGGGCCUUUGGGUGUUGGGCCCUGAUGGCUUUGACAAUGCUGAAGACUGCACACACACAUAGUUAUGACCAAGUUGCUGGGCUUUGUGUUCUUUCCACCCCAGCGGUUUCUUUCCCUUAAGGUGCAGUGGACGUUCCAAUCCAUGAACAGCAUACAUUUGCUUUUAAAUGGGACAGGAGGGAGUAUAAAAUUUGGAGGGAGUGGGUUCUGAGGCAGGAUGGGAAGAGGUCAGGGGGCAAGAAAGAUGCACAGAGGGAAAACAGAAGGAAAAGAGAUUCAGCAACAGAGAGGAUCGAAUGUUGUUGGGAAGGGGAAGGUGAGUAGAAGGUACCCAUGCACAUACCCAUCCAACUGGGUGACUUCAGUGGCAGGGUUGGAAAAGGCAUAAUGCUCUGGCAACAGGUGAUGGGGGAUAAAGGAAGUUAACGAACACAGAGUCCUCCUACUGACAAAAUGCAUGGAGUACUAUCUGGUCAUAAUCAGCACCCUAUUUUGCCAUUCAACACACUUGACAUCCAGGCAUUGGCACGUGUAAAAGUAUAACAUUGUCUGAGAAAGAGACAGCAAGGCCGUCCACAUCACCCACAAAACCUUUGCUGGAAGAGAAACUAUUCUGAAGGUCUCAUCUCCACUAGAAAACAUCAAGAGUGGUUCAAUGACUGUGACCAUGAGAUAAAGGCGCUCACAUUCUCUAACCCUUAAUUAGGUGACAAUCUACUAUCGACUUAAGUUCCACGACCAUCUGCUGGAUGUAUUAAAGCAUCCCUUAGUUGCUCAAUCUCAUUAACAUCACUUCCUUUUAAUAGUAUGUACAGUACCUAACUAGAAUUUUCUCUUAAAGCAGCAACUGCACAAAGGUGGAGAAUAAUUACUCUACAAAGAGAUGAUUCUCUCAAUGCAAACUUUUCCUGUAAUUUUACUUUAUAAAAAUUCUUUAUUUUAAAAGACACCCAUCUAAAAUCUUCAUCCCAGUUUAUGAAGGCAUUGAGCUCUUGCUUGUAUAUUAGAGAAAAUGUAUGUUCUAAACUGAAUCCUGAGACGUGCAAGGUAGGAACAGAGCACAGUAGUCAGGACGUAGCUUAAUUCUGUUUUCACCAAAUGAAGAAUAUCCAAUAGCAACUAAGAGUGAAAAACACCAGUCGAGUUUCUCUCUCCAAUCCAACAGGCCUCACACCAAUUAAAGUGCACCAUCCAGAAAUCAAAAAAUUCUACAAAGAAUAGGACUUGAGCCAAAGAUCCUAGUUUGUACUGCUGAGUACUUAACCCAUAAAUUUCCAAAGUCAUCACAAGAGACCAGAGUUUAUUUUUGAGUGCAUGAAAUUAACAGAAUUAUAAAAUGCAUGAUAGUUCACAAGAACCAAUGUGACGCUGGUUGACUAUUUGCUUAUUGCUUAACUUACUGUAAUGAUGUAAUAAAUGUAGCCAUAUUGAAGGUUGGUAUCCUCUCUAUUAACUGCUGCUCGAUGUACUUCUCUAACAAAUCAACCUAGGAAAAAAAGUCAUUAAUUACAGUUUAUAUGAGUAAAAACUUUAAAACACUUGAUAUUAUGUGGGUGGGAAACUGACAACUCAUGUAAGUAUUAAAUAAAAAUAACAGGGGACUUGCAGACUGAGCUUCCACUUCAGCAGAAGAAAAUCCAAUUAACAAGCCACACUGUCAAAGCAGUCUCAUCAUGAACCCUCCUCAAGUAAUUGAAGAGAUCAUUGAUCAGCACUUGUCCACAGAAAUGGAACAAGAAAUGGCUAAUUUGCUCUGGAAAAACAAUGCAUGAAGGUAGCCUCACAUUAUUACAAACAGAUACUUAUGGUUGAGAAGUCCUAUUUGCUUUCAAGUUACGUUCAAGUUCUUUUUUUGCUACAUCUGUAUUUUAUUCAAAUUUCAUAGAAUCAUUGAAAUGCACAGCACAGACCAGGCCCUUUCGGUCACCUUGCCUAUGCCAACUGUGAUGCCUACCUAGCUAAUCACAUUUGCCCACAUUAGGCCUGUAUCCCUCUACUCUUUUCCUAUCCAAGUACCAAGUUUCAGUUUUAAAGUCCCCCUUCCCAACUCAUCUUUAUUAUAGUACGUACAUAAAAAUAAUUAUACCAUAAGAUUAUUUGAUGUUUAUUGGAAUGUUUCAGAAAAUUCUAAUUAUAGCUUAUGUCAGCACAAAGACUGUAAAAGCUGUAUGUUGCUAAGGAUACCUAAAAAGAAAUAAACAAGGUAGA